AUGAGUGAUGGAUUUUGCGAUACUCAUUUGCAGAUCAUGGUUAGGACUAGAGGAUUAGGUCGUGCCUUAGGUCAGGUCACUGGCAAAGGUGUGGGCAGAGGAGAUCGUGAUGAUUCCGAUGAUGCUCCGCAGCGUCGACAGCCUACUGCAUCCGCACGGAGGCAGCGAGUCGCUGUGACUACGGAUCACGUCGAUGAGCCAGUCAUCCCUGCGCCAGAUGUUCAGGAUGACCCGAUGGAGGCACCAGCUGCUGUGGAAGACAUUCCUGCGGACACAGGCGCAGAGGCGACUGAGGAUCCGCAUCAGGGAUUUCCGGGUGGUCUAAGCGACCCAUCCGUGUUGACAGCAUAUGCGAAUCACGUUGCUUGCAGCGUAUGGACGGGAGAGGAGCGUCCUGAAUUGAAGCUAUCCUCUCAUGGGAGGAAGGUCCACAGUUUAGGCAGGCCUGUCCCUACCAUUGAGAGACUUAUUGCUGGUACAAGACUAAGUUUUCUGAUCGCGUGUUCGGUAGACACCGGCGAUCGGGGACUUUUGUCCGCGUUUGUGGAGCGGUAG